AAUGACCAUCAAAGCGGUAAUUUUUGACAUGGGAGGAGUUAUCCUCCCAGCACCAAUGCACUAUUGGAAAUCCAUCGAAAAAACUCACAAUCUUCGUGAUGGUUCAGUGGUCGAAACAAUCAUCAGUAAAGAUUUCUACCCACAUUUCAAACUUUUUGAAACCGGACGGUUGACUUCGGAGGAUCUCGAUCCACUUUUCACUCAUAUUUACAAUUUUCAGAAUAAUCGAGUUGGAGACAUUUUGCCAAUUUUUGUAGAGGUUAGCAGUCAAAUCCAACACACUCCACUUCUCCCGGAGAUGGUUGAGCUUAUCAAGUCUCUUCGUCUUGCCGGCUACCGUACCAUCCUCAUUACCAACAAUUUUUAUACGGAUCGUGCUAGACUUUUGCCAACAGUUCCAUCGCAAGUUGGACUUUUGUUUGAUGAUGUUCUCGAGUCUUGCCGUCUUGGUCUCCGUAAACCUGACACUAAAAUUUAUGAAUUGGCGCUGGAAAGAAGCAAGCUUCACCCAUCCGACUGUGUUUUCCUCGAUGAUCUGGGGUCAAAUCUGAAAUCCGCCAAAGAAAUGGGAAUCACUACAAUUAAAGUUGUUAGCAGCCAGCAAGCAAUUCAUGAUCUAGGAAAUAUUCUCAAGUUGAACUUCUCCUACCCACCGGAAACACGGGAUUGCAUUCCAAGAGAAGUUCUCCCAAUUGAAAAGAUCAAUGAAUUGAUUACCAGAAGAACUGGGACUGAUAACAAAGUUGAAACAAUCCGCAAAUUCCGUCAUGGACAGUCAAACCCAACAUAUUACAUCCGAACAGUAAGAGGGUCUCAGUAUGUUCUUAGAAAGAAACCAAGUGGAAGUCUUCUACCAAAAGCUCAUCAAGUGGAUCGAGAGUUCAAAAUAAUGAAUGCUCUUCAGGGACUUGUUCCUCUCCCGAAAACACUUUUGUACGAUGAAACAACCCUUGACACUUCAUUUUAUCUUAUGGAAUAUCAAAAAGGAAGAAUAUUCCUGAAACCAUCACUUCCAGAAUUGACUCCACCAGAAAGACGUCGUGUGUAUGAAGAAGCACUGAAGACGUUAGCAACAAUUCAUUCGGUUGAUUAUGAAAAAGUUGGAUUACAGGACUUUGGAAGAACAGAUGGGUACAUGGCCCGUAAUCUGAAACGAUGGUCAGACUCCUAUCAAAUGGCGAAAACUGAAGAAAUUCAAGAAAUGAUAAAACUCGAAGCGUACCUAAAAGCAAAUCUGCCAAAAAGUGGAAAAUCGACUAUAGUUCAUGGGGAUUUCCGUGUGGACAAUUUGAUUAUCGAAGAGAAUGAGAUCAAAGUGAAAGGAGUUCUCGAUUGGGAACUCUCAACAAUUGGAGAUCCGCUUUCAGAUCUUGCAACAUUUUUAUUUGUAUACUAUGUUCCAAAUAGAAUGAUACUUCUACCAGGGCUCGGAGAUUACAGUGAAUCUGAUCUUCAUAGAAUGGGCAUUCCAACCAUCAAAGAGUGUUUGGAACUUUAUGCAAAAUACACAAACACGGAAGUUGUUGAUCCAGAGCUAUGGACUUACUACAUGGCGUUUGUUAUUUUCCGAUUUGCAAGCAUUAUUCAAGGAGUUUAUAAAAGAUCUCAGUUGAAGAAUGCAUCUUCAACUGAAGCUUCUCAGUUGGGACCACUUGUUAGAAAGCUGGCUGCUGAAGGAAUGCAAAUGAUUUCAAAAGUUCAUGCAUCAAAAUCUUACGGUCAACUUACAAUUAUUCCAUCAGGAAUGUCUUUGAAAGCUCAAAAAUAUUACGAAAUCGUUCGAGAAAUUAUACAAAAUGAUGUGAUUCCGUUGGAACAAGAGCUCUUGGAGUAUUAUGAAGAAGGACCUCACAGAUGGACAAUUCCUCAUCCGAAAAUUGAAAAGCUGAAGGAGAAAUCAAAAUCAUUGGGUGCAUGGAACCUGUUCAUUUCUGAACACAUUGAUCCUGAACAAAAAUACGGAAAAGGCCUGACAAACGUAGAGUAUGCACACAUCUGUGAGCUUAUGGGAAGAAGCAUUUUUGCACCAGAAGUAUUUAACUGUCAAGCUCCAGAUACGGGAAAUAUGGAAGUUCUCAUCAAGUAUGGAAGUGAAGAACAAAAGAGCAAGUGGCUCACUCCAUUAUUGAACGGAGAGAUUAAGAGUUGCUUUGCGAUGACUGAGCCUGAUGUCGCGAGUAGUGAUGCCACAAAUAUCCAGGGUUCCAUCGUCCGUGUCGGCAAUGAGUACAUCAUAAAUGCCAGAAAAUGGUUCAUCUCGAAUGCUUCACAUCCAAAAUGUCGAAUCGCCAUUUUUAUGGGACAAGUUUCUGGGGCAAAGCGUUCAAGAAAUUUGCAACAAUCAAUGAUUUUAGUGCCAAUGCAGACGGAGGGUGUUAAAAUUAUCAGAAACACUCAUGUUUUUGGAUCACAGGAUGCUCCAGGAGGACAUCCAGAGAUCACAUUCACAAAUGUUCGUGUACCAGUUGGGAAUAUGCUUUUGGGAGAGGGAAAAGGUUUUGAAAUCGCGCAGGGAAGACUUGGGCCAGGAAGAAUUCAUCAUGCAAUGAGACUUAUUGGGCAUGCGGAACGGGCAAUUGAUGUUAUAAAAGAUAGGUUAUUGACAAGAAUUGCAUUUGGAAGGAAGCUGGUCCAAUUUGACAGUUUACGAAAAGAAUUGGCUCUUUCAAGAUGUGAAGUUGAGCAAGCCAGAUUAUUAGUAUUGAAAGCCGCCCAUAUGAUUGAUACAGUUGGACCAAAGGAAGCAAAAUCUGAAAUCGCCAUGAUCAAAGUUGUUGCUCCAAACAUGGCAAUAAGCAUCCUGGACAGAGCCAUGCAGCAGCAAGGAGCUCGAGGACUUACUCCAUUUACACCAUUGGCUUCCUUUUAUGUAUGGGCAAGAUCUCUUCGAAUUGCUGAUGGACCAGAUGCUGUACACUUGGAGACUAUUGCAAAGAUUGAGAUGAAAUCGAGAUUGUAAACCUUUGUUUGAAUUUGUAUUGAAAUUGUUUUAUAAAGUGUCGUUGUAGUUUUAACUUGUGAAUAAAUCAAACAAAUUUC